AUGACACUCAAAUUGCUUAUGAAUUCGACAUGGGGAUAUUCCAUUAAGAAACCUCAAGAGAUGAAGAGUAAACAUUAUGAGAAGGUCGACAACUUUGUUGAAAGGUUUUCUCCUUUUGUUUUGAAGUACGAAUUCACUCAAGGUCAAAGUGGCUUAGUAACCACAUUAAAACCUAUUGUCGAACAUUGGUCUUACCCUCAGUUCGCAAAGGCAGUCCUUGACAACUACAACAAAUUCUUCUCCGAAGUCAAAUCCAAAGUGAAGGUUUACUAUGAGAACAUUGACGCACUCAUGACGAACGAAGAAGGAUACAACAAACUCAUUGAAAUGGGAAUGGUCGGUGAAAAGAUGGGCUGUUUUAAGCUAGAUAAGGUAUUUUCCGAAGUUCAUGUCCUCUCCAAGCGUAAGUACUGGGGCAUACUUGAAGACGGCACAGAAAUAAAACAUUGCAUGAAAUAA